UUUUUUGUUAACGUGGAUUAUUUUAAGCAAUUAAAUUUAAUAAAUUUGAUUUUAAUUUAAAUGCAUUUAUAUGGUGUAAAAGUACUUUACGAAUUACGAUCAUUCAAUCAUAAAUUAAUUGAUCUCUCUGUCUCUUCCUCUAUUGCAACUUUAUUAAUUUUCUAGUGUGAGGCGAAUGAAGGCGUGACUGAAAAAAAAAUGAGGAUUUAAAUUUUGAAAUGAAAGAGUGAGAAAAAAAAAUCUAUAAAUAGGAUGCAUCAGCAAGCAAAUUUUGGAACCAACAAUCCACUAGACACAUACAGCCGUUUCAGGAGACUUGGUCUUGCAUCACCAAUUUAGCUGCUAAUGCUAUAUUCCUCAUCUUGAAUUGAAAGAAGAUAUGGGCACUCUGUAUCAGAUUGCACUCUUGAACAUGGUUCUUUAUGUAUCAUUAAUGAUGAAUCCGACAAACACCUCGUCAAUGGACCUAACACUCGGUUUCACUGAACUCCCACUAAACACCACCAAUUUCGAUCAUCAUAAGCCCUACGAUUUACCCGUUACUGAACGCUACAGCUUCACAGAUGGAGUGCACAAACUGUGGGUAUAUUCCACAGACAAACCUCUCUCCCAAAAUAGCACAACACGGCCUAGAUCCGAAAUCCGCAUUAGAGGAUAUGAUUAUUCCUCUGGGGUGUGGCAAUUUGAAGGGCAGGGGUUUGUGCCAAAUGGUACUUCUGGCGUGUGCAUCAUGCAAGUGUUCGGGGCAGAUCCUCCUCGUGCGACAACCCUAAUGGUUAGAGCCUACAACGAUUCGCUUAAGUAUUAUGAGGCUCCAAUCCUUGUUCCAAACAUAUGGGGAAGAUGGUUUCAGUUAAAUGUGAUCCACGAUGUGGAGGCCUCAAAUGUGAAGGUUUAUUUUGAUAGGGUUCAGGUUUACGAAGCAACAGGCCAUGGCGGUUACUCCCACUACUUCAAAUUUGGAGUUUAUACUCAAAAUGAUCCUUCUUACUAUAUGGAGUCCCAGUGGAAAGGAAUUAAAGUUCUCAAAAAUGUGCAUGAAUGAUUGAGAUUUAUCGUUGUAUCACUGGAUGUGUUUUUUGUUGAAAUGAAAUAAAACUCUUGAGUC